AUGCUCGUAUCACUUCUCGCGACAUGUCUGGCGCUGAGCCGGGCGGCCCUCGCCGCUCCCACAUCGGCCGCGGCUACGUGUGACCGCGACUUUCUCAAAGCGCAGACGGACGCGUACAUCGCGGCGCAGACGGCGGGCAAGGCCGACGGGCUCAAGGCGAGCUCGAGCGUGACGUACACGCAGAACUUUAAGGCGGCCACGCUGGCGACGGGGAUCUUGGCGACGGCGCUCAAGAUCGACCACAACCGUAGCACGUACGACACGACGCAGUGCGCCACCUUCACCGAGCUCAUCAUCACCAGCUCGGGGAGCUCGCACGUCAUCGGCACGCAGAUGCGCUUCACCGACGGGGCGCUGUCCAAGAUCGAGACCCUCGUAACGUCGACGGGCGACUGGCUUUUCAACCCCGCGGGGACGCUCAAGUACGCGUCGGCGGAGGCGUGGACCGAGAUCCCGGCGGCCAAGCAGGACACGCGCGCCGUGCUGCAGGCCGGCGCCGACGCGUACCUCGACCUGUUCAACGACAAGAGCGUCAAGGUGCCGUGGGGCAGCCCGUGUGCGCGGCUGGAGGGUGGCAGCUACGUACAGCCGAGCUGCAACGUGGGCGUGCCGAGCGGCAUCAAGAACACCAACCGCCGCUAUGUCAUCGACGAGAGCCUCGGGUCGUGCGACGUCUUCUUUUCCUUCGGCGGCAACGACCCCGACAGCCACGAGUUCCGCCUCGAGAACGGCAAGAUACGCUAUGUCCACACCAUGACCGUCAUGAAGUGA